AUGUAUAAUAUGAGAAUAACAAUGUUAAAUACCCAUGUUUGGAGUACAAUAAGUGAUUUAGUUAUCGGAACUUUGACAAUACCAUAUUUAUUUUUUCCCGCAAUUGCUGGAACUCCUUUAGGAUUCUUCAAUUAUUUUGAAAUUAGUCCUUUCAUUCAAACAUAUAUCGCAACUUGUUGUAUUGCGGAAGUUGGUUCAAGUAUUGUUCUACUUUUUGAGAAUAGAUAUUUCUAUGCAGUUUCGGAAAAAUAUCGCAUAAAUAAUCCAAUCUACCGUAAUCUCUUUACAAUAAUAAACUGUUCUAUUGCUUUUCUGUUCAUAAUUCCACUAUAUUUCAAUAUUCCUGACCAAAUUUUGAGUAAAUUCCUAAUAAUUAUCUCAUAUGAAUGUUUAUCAAAUGUUAUAAAUACACAUCAAAUAACAAUUCUCACAAUGGAUCCAAAAAUUGUUGGAAUCUUGUUCAUUUUUAUAACUGUAUUUCUAUUCGGUCAAUGUAUAUUUUUCUUCGUUUAUUCUGCGAUUUCCUUAUAUAUUUCCUCAAAAAACACAAUUUUAUCCGAACGAACAAAAUAUUUACAAAGAAAAUAUUUUAUAUCAGUUUGUAUUCAAAUAUCAGUUCCAAUGUUACUUGUUGUUUUGCCAGUUUAUUAUUUCACAUUUUCAAUAAUUAUGGAUUAUUACAAUCAAGAUUUGAAUAAUUUGAGUUUUAUGAUAAUAUCAAUGCAUGGUUUCGUUUCAACAAUCACAACUAUUUUUAUAUACGAUCAUUAUCGAAAUUAUACUUUUAAUCUAUUUUCAUGCAGAAAAGAUCGAAGAACUUCAAUUAUUUCAUUGAAAACAAUCGGAGAAACCACUUUUGUUCGAUGA